ACCCGGGUCGGCGAACGCCGCGCGCUCAGUACAAGCUCAGUAUCGAAUCGAUCCUCCCGGUCGAGCUAUUCCACGAGUGUGUCAUACUCUGCGCAAUUUGCGUCGCGCCCGCGACUUUCUUUCCGCAAGCGUCCCCGAGUACAUUGAAUCUCGUGAACUAUGUCCGAGGCAUACGUCGACGAGUACGAGCACUUCAACUACGACUACGACAAGCACAUCUUCACUUCGCACGGCGGUAAGCAGAGGAGUAAACGCGAGGCUGUCGCGCACACGAAUCACUUCGACCCGAGCGGCCAUUCCAGGAAGAUUCUCACCAAGCUGAUGAACACCGAGCAUAACAAACGGCAGACGAGCAAGAGCAAGGCGUAAAGAUUACGGACGUUCCUAUUUUUGCGGCCGGCGUCGUCAAGGAUCUCAUCUCACAGGAUUUAUCUCCCACCUAAGGCGACCGGAAUAAAAAACAUAUAUAUAUAUAUAUACUUUUUUUUUACUAUCGAGAAUGCAUUUAGUAGUAGUAGAAGAUUCUUACUCAAUGUAAGAUCAGCACGAUAGUUCGUACCUCAUCAUUUAUGUCAAAAACAUGCGGAUACAAUUACGUUAUUUAUGAGAAUACAAAAUAACGUAUGUCGCACUUCGUCGUUUUGCGUAAAUCUGAAAUUCGCAUGACAUUCUUUUUUUUUCUUAACUAAGAUAAUAUGGUGAUACUAAUUAAUUUUUGCGUGUGCUAUUAAAUUCGUCGAUUGAAUUUCUGUUGUACGAUUAUGAAAAAUAAAAUUUAUGAUCUAAUAAUAACGAUAAGUGAAUCGUUAAUUGGAAUCUUUUGUUAUAUGUGAACAGUUAUGAUACAACAUCUAUUUUGUUAUAUAUGCGUGCGUUCUAUUUGCAUACAUUGUAACGAUAAAUAAUCAUUAAAAGGAAUAGAGAAAAA